AUGGCAGAGGGCCCUGUCGCUGCUCAGCGAGAUACGGGAAGGGAAACUGGAGCCCACUAUCAUCAGCUACAAUGCUGGGAUCAGCGCUUGCCAGAAAGGUCAGCAGUGGCAGCGGGCCCUGUCGCUGCUCAGCCAGAUUGUCGAGACGAAACUGCAGCCCACUUCAGCUACACUGCUGUGAUCAGCGCGUGCGGGAAAGGCAGCGCUACGCUCCGAGCCAUGGUCGAGGGCACAUCAGGCGGCAAGCCGCUAGAAGGGCAGCGCGUCGCCCGCGCUCCGGGCCGCGGCGGUGAGCAGGGCGGCGCAGUCGCCAGCGUGGAAGGGGCUGACGCCUCCGAUGCUGCUGGGGCAGUGGUUCAACAACAUGGCGGUGCCCAGCGCCUUCGGCGGCGCGCAACUGCGCGCGGCCUUCGACGGCGCGGGCAGGCACCUGCGCGCGCAGUUCGCCUGCGCGCUGGGCCGCGCCAUGGGCCUCGAGCAGCGCGGCGCGAACAGCUCCAAGCCGCUGCGCGCCCCGUGGGCCAAGGCCCCCGCAAGCGGAUCCCGCCGGUCAUCUCCCAGUUCCCGGAGCUCGCGCAGCUGCGCGCGCUUUUCCUGCACGUGCGCCGGCGGAUGUGGGAGGACGCGCGCGACACGCGGGAGCGCUCCCGGAGCCCGGAGGCGGAGCGGAAGAGGCAGAAGGGGGAGAAGCAGCAGCACCCGGAAGCCGUGCGCUUCUACGUGAAGAACGCGGGCGACCUCUCCGAGGACAUGCUCAGAAUGCACUUCGCCCUCUUCGGCAACGUCAGUGAGAUGAAUGUGCUCAUGGACAAGAAGAAAAAGAAGUCGCGGGGCAUGGCCUACGUGACGAUAGCGCCCACGGGGUACUACCAGGGCAAGAGGAACACCAGGAAGACGCUCCUGGACUGGAUGCUGGGCCCCGACGCUGGCCACACCGUCGCGGGGUACGAGCUGGAGGUCACCCUCGCGGACGCCAAGCCGGUUGAGGACCCGGAGAGGGCGCACGAGGAGCGCGUGGAAGAGAGGCGCCGCCUGAGGCUGGAGCAGGAGAAGCGGCGAGCGGAAGCCGGCGGCAUGGCAGCGGCGACGGCGCCCGCCGGCCCCGAGAAGCUCCUGCUGAGCCCCUGGGCCAAGCGGUGGCGCAAGGAGAUCAAGGAGCGGCUCCCCAAGGAGAGCGCCGGUCCCACCCCGUGGAUCGACCCGCGCGUCAAGAGGCUGGCCACUGAGCUGUGGGAUGAGGUGGUGGAAUACGUGCAGCGGGGCGGCUGCCAGGAGGCCCUCUGCGCCCUCGAGACGUUCCGCAAGGACGAGAGCGAGGAGGAGCCCCCCGCGAAGAGGGCCAAGGGCGCGGCCUCGGAGGGCCCGUGGGCCCACGUGCCGGCGGCAGACCUCCUGCUGGCCGUCGGCGAGGGCAUCGUCGCCUUCACCACCGAGGGCCUCGUGGCGGUGCUGCAGGAGGCCGAGCCCACCCCGCCGCCCGCCGGUAGGGCCGAGUUCGUGGUCGCGCCCCCCGCCGCCGCCGGCGCCAGGCACACCGCGGUGCUCGCAGGCAGAAUGCGGUGCUCGCAGGCAGGCGUGGCAUUGGCAUGGUCCGCGUGCCCUCACCGGCUGGUGGUCGCAGGCAUAGUUGCUCACAGGCGCGCCGCGGUACUCUCAGGUGGGGCCGCGGGGCGGCCAGCAAACGCCGGUGCCGCGGCUGCCCUCCCGUCGGCCUCGAGGCCCACCGCCACGCUCGAGGUGCUCCGGAGGUACUUCGGCAGUUACGGCAACAUCGUCGACGCGGUCGUCAUGUUCGACAAAGAGACGGGCAAGCCGCGAGGCUUCGGGUUUGUUUGCUUCGACAACGUGGCCAGCGUUAACGCCGUGAUGCGCGACUACAGCAAGCACUGCAUCGACGGCAAGUGGAUCGAGGUCAAGCGGGCCACCCCCGCGCCGCAGCAGGCGCCCGUGGCGGCGCCCCCCGGCGCCGCGGCGGCGCAGGGUGCUCUGGGAUGUCAAGGUAGGCAUGACUGGAGUAACUACGACUGCGGCGGGGGCGCCCAGUGGGCUGGUGGCCAAGGAUACGGCGCGGCAGGCAGGAGUGACUGCUGGAAGUGCGUUGCGUGCGGGUGCGGCAAGACCACAGUGUGGGCGUCGCUCUGCAAGCACUGCGGGUCGCCGAGGCAGGGCACGGGCAGCAGCGGCCGUGGUCCAGACGCCCCGCUGGACGCGAAGGAGCUCCAGAUGCUGGUCGCCCUGGCACGCCGCGCAGGUGACCAGGCCACCGCGGCCAGGUACCAAGGCCAGCUGGACGCCAUGGCGGCAGCCUCGAAGCCUCCGCCGAAGGCCUUGCAGGACCAGGUCAGUGACCUGCACCACCGCAUCAAGAAGCUCGACGGCAGGCUGGAGGCGGAGCUGGCGAAGCUUGCGAGGUGGCAAGACGGCAUCAAGGCGCAGGAGGUACUCAUUCACGACUUGUCGAAGCAGUCCGAGGCCAUGGUCACAGAACAUCGGCAGCUUGUGGCACAGCUUCACACUGCAGUUGUUCCUCCCUCGGAUGCCGACGCAGAGGUUUCGCCUGGGCCCACCUUUUCACUCCGCGACCUCGUGGACGGGAGGGUCUCCAACAUCGUCAUCGACGACGGAGGCCUUUUCUCCGUCGGCGCUGAGGGCAUGGAGGCAUCUGAUCUACAGGAGGUGGAGCGACGUCGGGCCGAUUUCAAGGAGCAUAUCGGCAAGGCAGCCAAGGCCCUGUUCGCCGAAGCUAUGGAGCGAGCUGCAGUCGCCAAGGCCGAGCACGACGGGUACCCCAAGCGCAUGGAGGUGCUGGAGAAGGUGGGCCGCAUCCUGGGGGUGCCUCUGGCAGUGGCGACGCAUCGGCCAGCGACGCUAGCCAGCCAGCCGCCUCUGUCAGCCGAGUUCGCGAGCGUGCAGCACGAGUUGCAGAGCGGGUUCAGCAGCAGCAGUCAACUCCUGAGAGCAGCGGCUCAGCCAGGUUUUGGUACUGAGCAUGGUGGCCCCUUUUUGCCCCCGCCACCUCCAGGCCAACAGUCGUUCCGUCUGAGACCCGACAACCUGUUCCCUGGGAUUGAAGUGGUUUUCGGUCGUGUUUCCUCGGUGAUUUUGGACUUCAAGGUUUUGGUUGACCCGCUGGAUGGGUCGGGCGAUGAUCCUAGCUUUUUGGAGGCUCAGGAGGUUUUGAUUGCCCAAGUCGAAGAGGUCUCUACCCAGGUUACCGGCUUUGUGUCUGAAUGUAGCGCCUUCUACGCCGCCAAGGCCAGACGGGAUUGGGCGGACUGGCUCACCGAGAAUGUCGAUCAAGGCGGGCGUAGGGCGCAUGGCUACACCAGAGAUCCUCAAGGAUGGACACCAUCCACUACACUUAGUGCUGGAGGCUGCGUGGUGUCCGACCCGCAUGCGCUCCUGGCCGCCGAAGCUUCCCUUGAGGAGAUCAUCGACAAGGUUCUUUUCGCGCAAGUCUCCCCCGACAAGGUCGGGCUGGUUGCGUCCUCCAAGGAAAUCGCCAGACAUGUCCAGAAACGGCUUGGGGGGCUUGGAGGAGUCUGUACUGAGUCGUUCGUCAAUUUAGGGAUUGGUGACAUGCAGGCUGUGCCAGGCGAGUCCGCGGACGCAACAGCAGGGCGAAGACGCGCUUUGCGAGAGCCUCUAGGCGCGCAGGCAGGCUGGCGCGUCAAAGAGGAGUUCUAG